AUGGGGAAAGGGAAGGAAGUGAUGAUUGAGCCUCCAAGCAGUAGCAGUCACAGCUAUGGUGGUGAAGAGGAUCGCGAUCGUCAUCACUCGGGCAGUCCUCUUUCCCACGACGUCAAAUUCUCCUCUCGCAAUGCCGCUUCCAAAUACGAUUUUGUCAAGGUGAAGGUUUGUUAUUACGUCCUUUCCAGAUUCUUGCUCAGCCGAAUGUUAACUGUUACCAAGAUACCGAAUCAUGUAGCCGUAAAGAUUGCUCUUGAACUCAAAAAGUUGCUGGUUGAUAACAGCCUCCUUGAUGUGUAUGUGUUCCUGCCCUUCCUUAUUCCUUUGCAUUUCUGA